UCAUAUCAUAUGAUAAAUGUCCGCCUAACAACAAUAAUCGGGAUUAUCAUUCUGCUUGUUGGUCCUCCUGUACCACAUCCCAGCUAGUACAUAACGAGGAAAUACAGUAUAGGUGAUUUACAGUGUAAACACGACUAAGGAUAUACAAUACUCUAACUGUAUAUCACCUGAGUAAUAGGAUAGAGAAAUCAACAACAGCACGUGUACGACUUAACGUGUGACCGUCUUGUGGUCGGGGUGUGAGCUGCUAACUGUUAGGAGGGUAAACAAUGGCUACCCAGUCACAAAUGCUGGACGAUGAUCCUUAUUUUGAAAUACGGAAACCAACAAAAGAGGAACGAACAGAAAUCAAAAGAAUAUUUAGCAAAAUCGAUGCUAAUGGCGACCAGAAGAUGUCUAAACACGAGAUCAAACGUGCGGUCCGAUACAUUGGGUUUAACCCUACUGACGCCGACAUGAAUGAGCUGAUGACUCCGGCCGACGUAGAUAACGAUGGUUAUGUCGGCUACCGCGAGUUUGAGAAAAUUCUGAUGAGAGCUAUUUCACGUGUGGAAUAUGAAAAACAGAAUAUUAUGAAUUCGUUUAAGAUGUUUGAUAAAAAUGGCGAUGGCUAUAUAACCGCUAAAGAACUCAAGGCUAUUCUGUCUGCUGCGGGAGGGGAUUGUGUCGACGAGGAGGUCAACGAGCUGAUGCUAGAAGCGGACGUCAACAAAGACGGAAAGAUCAGUUACGAAGAAUUUGCCACAAUGUUUUGCGAAAAGUGAUAAACGCCAUGGACAGAUGUAACCGACUCGUGCUGCGUCGUUGUCAAUCGCGACUUCUCGGCCAAUUCCGGCUAGGAACGGAAUCAUACCUAUUGCCUAGCCGGAAUUGGCCGAGAAGUUGCGAUUGGCGUCGUUGUAUGUGAACUGUAUGUCGGGUCGCCAAUAGGCUAACGCUGGAGCUGAUAGCUAUAUAUAGUCAGCGGAACAUUUAAAAAUCGUGUUGUCUAGGCAACAAUACAAUACAAGUAUUAAUAAAGUGCAAAUUAAUACGUGUAUCUCUAACAAUUUGGGUUCAGAGUUAAUGUUCAUAAUGAGAAUGUUCUGAAUGAAAAGAGUCCUUAUUCCUACAAUAUCGAAAUUUACUCGGUUUGGUAUCGAGUUGAGGUAAUUAAUCCCUUUCAGUGAAACUGACGUGAAUAUGACGACAUUCGCUGAUCUGUGUAUUUAUGUCGUGAUUUGUAUCUAUAUAAAACCUAAAUUAAUAUAUGAGAUAUGUAGAUGUUAUUUUUGAAAAAUCUGACUGUCCUAAUGACCGAUCGCCCUGAUUGGUUGUUUCCUGUCCAUUGUCUAUAAACUUGAUUUUUCCAUUGUGUUUUUUAUUGUUUUUAUUCCCCUAUGUUGUACGGAUAGGAUAUAAUGUUAUUUGCUAAUGUCAAAACACAGCUCUUGGCGUCGCUUUGGAACUGAAACAUACGCAAAUGAAUACACGGCAUAUACCUGUUGUGUUAAAUGCAAAUACUGUAAAAUCACUAAUAUCGCAAUGAUUACAAGUUUGAUAGCGCAAUACUCUAGUGAGUGGCUACUCGGUAAUCAACGAAUUAAUGUACCCACGAAAUAUUGCUUUUUUUCGGGAAGACGACGAAAUUUGGGACCCAUGAAAAUAUCAGAUUGCUCAGUUACAAAUAUAUAUAUAGGUGGUUUGUGUUGUUAUUAUUAUCAUAUCACAUACACGUAUUACAAUACAUCAGAUCCAGGAGAGCUGUUCACUUAAGACCGCAAAGGUAUAGACAAUGUCCUUUAGGUUUUUUACAUUUUAUUUUGUAAAAUUUGGUCGAUCGUAUCUUCGUGAAUAUAAAACUCGAGAACUUGUUUCACACAGUUGCUGGUUCAGGUUCUUGUAUCAUUUAUUCAAAUCGUUCAAAUUGUAUGCAAAAUAAAACUUAAUCAUGAAUCUGUGCCCAAAUAUUAAAUAAGUAUAAUUUCAAUAUUUUAUCAUAUCAUAAAAGAUACCACAAAAGAUAUCACAGUGUAUGAAUUAAUUUUGUCCACGUGUAACAACGCUGGGUUUCAAUAAUAUUUUAUAAUUUCACUAAACUGUCAUAUAUGGUCACCGCUUGCGUAUAGAAAUGUUUUUGUUUUUGUUUUCUUUAAUAAAACAACCAAUUUAAAUGUGUAGGGCUAGUUAUAGGCUGUUGACAAAAUAUACCUUGAAGUCAGCAUUCAUUGUAUCGAUAAAACACGAUCAUGCCCAGAGCAAAAAAGAAAAGACAAAAUGUGUACCGUAUCAUGAAUACAUAAAGGAACUAUCUAAUAAUGACUUUGUUAUUGUUGCAAUGAUAGAACAUUUGUUCAGCUCGCCAUCGUAACGCACACAUAGCUUUGAGGUAUGAUACACCGUGUGUUUACAAUUAUUUUAGUAUCAGAUUUGUUCAUUGAUAAAGUGUUAUGGUUGACCUGAUUGACGAAAUUAUGCUAUAGAAUUCAGAGCGAGGCCUCAUAUCAUAUAACGAGAUUCCAUUAAUCAUACAGGAGUGUUCCCACCGACCGCGUGUGUGGAUAAACUACGGAUGUCGGUAGGGACACUAUCCUAAAAAUCAAACGGGAAAUUCUGAAUCGAUCGGUUCUGUUGGUAUUAUCAUGGAAACACUAUCUAAAUACCUGAAUAGCGUAAUACCUCAAAUAGCUGAUAUCACAGUAAUACAUUUUAUAACCUUUUCGGUGUAAAACGACGUAGCAUACUGACCUAUAUUGAAAUAAUCUUCUUCUUCAGACCCAGAAAUGUAAGAAUCAAAUACACUUCAGGAAUGGAAAACAACUAAGGUGGGUUAUUUUCAAAAUUAUUAAUUCCAUUGCCCCCUGGUCACCCACCCACCCAAUCCAAACUAUAUAAGAUUAUUAUCAAGUGAUUAGAAUACGAUGACAUGAACAUAAAUAUAAGUCUUGACUGACUCUUGGGGCUAGAAGAGCGUUGCAAAAAGGAUCAAAUAUUUGUAUCAAAAGUAUAUCAAUGGUAUAUCAAUGGUAUAUCAAUAGUAUAUCAAUAGUAUAUCAACAUUAUAUCAAUGGUAUAUUAAUAUCCCAAUAAUAUAUUUAUAUUCACAAGUGGUACGUUUAAACAACACCUAUAAUUAACGUUUAGUUUAAAUUAGUAAAUGACAGGUUAUUUUGGGGUUAUGUUCUGUGAAAUAUGUAGGUACUGGAAUGUUGACAUCAAUAUGUGUUGAAACGCUAAGCGUAUCUGUAUCAUUUUUUUUUCAUUUUUUAUUAGUUUUAAUUAUGAGGAAUAGAAAUUCAUUUCCUAGUAGGAAGUCCUACAAAAUAAGUUGAUAUCGGAAUAAAGCCUUUUAUUUGAAUUCGGUACUGUAACAAUCCCUGAAUGUCUUUUAAUUUCGAGCUAAGCCAUUUACUAUCUUUCAUUUUAUUACGGUCCUCAUAUUUACCAAUAGACGAGAACAUUUUAGUUCACGGAUAGUGCUAAAAAGGAUAUAGAGCGAAAUUAGAACGGUAGUAAUAUAGGAGCGUAGUACGAUAUCGAUGUUUGUGACGUAAACAACCGCCAAACGUAAUGUUCCCGGACAGUCACCGUAUGUUUAUAUCUGUAGAUAUA